CCCAAUUGAAAGGUUCAACAAAAUGAAUGAUCUACGUAACGUAACCCAUGUGAACCUUUCUGAAUUCUGACAAAUUUUCCCAAAAUGCAAAUCCUUUUGCAGAACAACAAAAGUGUUUUAUACGAAUCAAUCAAACAGAAUGGAUUUUUUAUUCGAAUUCAUUUGACUCUGUCUUCCUCACCUACGACACUGUCUGUCUGUGACUGUUACUCUGUCUGAGCUCUCUUCAAUUUCUCUCUGCAUUUGCAUUUCUGGGUUUUUCGAUUAUUUAUAUCUGGGUUUUCUCUCCUGUAUUGAGUUUUCAAAGGAAAGGUGAUAAAGGUGGCGCCUUUACACUCAAACACAGCAUUCACAUUGUAGCACUUGCUUCAGCUCUCUAACAUUGUCAGCAACUGACUGGCCUUGAAAAUCACUUGAUAGGAGAACAUGGCUUCAUCAGAUGUGUGUCCAACUGAGGAUGCAGUUAAGUUAUUCCUUGAUUAUUUGGUUGAUCCUUUGCUGCCAGCAAAAUCAUCUGUUCGAGAUAAUCCAACACUCUCUCAACAGGAUUCAGUUGUCAAGCAGGUGCAUUCUGUUGUCUUACUGUACAACUACUACCACAGGAAGCUGCACCCAGAGCUAGCAUAUCUUCCAUUUGAUGAAUUUUGCAAGUUGACUGUGGUUCUGAAGCCACCUUUACUAGCGUAUAUGAAAUUUAUGCUAGGGUCAAAUGAAGAUGAUCUCACUAAUGUGGAGAAGCAGCUAUCAUUGACAGAAAAAACGAUUAUGGGUGCAUGUAAUGUAUGUAAGUAUUUAGAUGCAUCAAAGAAUGCUCCCAAUAUAGAGGGAUGGCCCAUUUCGAAAGUUGCUAUCCUUCUAAUUGACAGCAAGAAGGAGUACUGCUUUUUGCCGUUUGGUUCUAUUACUAUGGGGGUAUGGUCUGUGGUUGAAAAAAGUCUAGACACCUCUAGCCAAGUUUCUGAAGUUGCAUCAGGAACAAAAUUGACGUACAGAAUGAAAAGAGCCAGUAGAAAUACUACAAAAGAUGAAUUAAAAGUCAAUGAAGAUGUACUUCUGCAAGUUGGGUAUUCCGCUGUAAGAGAAGCCACAGGUAUUGAUUCUACUGAUGUUAAGCUUUUGGAUAGCUACACUGUCUAUUCUCAAAGCAAAGAGAAGGCAGCUUCUCGCUUUUAUAUAAUGCAGUGCUCCCAGUCCCAGUCUGUCGGUCAGGAGGUUAAUCCAUUUCCUCUCAAAGAUGUAAUUGAAAGCUUGCAGGGUCCUUUGGUCAAGAAGAGUUCUGGCAGUUGGACGAUCACUCCUGUUGUGGAUUACUUACAUGUGCUCCCUUAUUCUGAAAUAAUCUCAAAGUGGAUUUCUAGAGAAGCAUUCUCAAAUAGUCUGCAAAUUUCAAGGGUAACACAGACAAAUAUCAUGUUGGACAUCCCUGAAGUGAAUGAAUCCCUUGGAAAUAAGGUCUCCUUCACUGAUUUUGAUAGUCAGCCAAGCAUUGAGAUGCUGAAGCAGAAAGAGAACAAUAGAAGCUGUACACUUCGACUAUCGGAUUCUAUCAAGGAGCCGCAUGAAUUGGAUGCCAACAAACCAUCUGUGCAGUAUAACUCAAAUUGCUCCGCAAGUGCUGUUAAGGUUGGAAAUAAGGUCUCCUUCACUGAUUUUGAUAGUCAGCCAAGCAUUGAGAUGCUAAAGCAGAACGAGAACAAUAAAAGCUGUACACUUCGACUAUCGGAUUCUACCAAGGAGCCGCAUGAAUUGGAUGCCAGCAAACCAUCUGUGCAGUAUAACUCAAAUUGCUCCGCAAGUGCUGUUAAGGUUGGAAAUAAGUUCUCCUUCACUGAUUUUGAUAGUCAGCCAAUCAUUGAGAUGCUAAAGCAGAACGAGAACAAUAAAAUCUGUACACUUAGACUAUCGGAUUCUAUCAAGGAGCCGCAUGAAUUGGAUGCCAACAAGCCAUCUGUGCAGUAUAACUCAAAUUGCUCUGCAAUUACUGUUAAGCAGGCUAUGCAGGCUGAUUCGACAAGCAUGGACAUUACUGAAAGUGAAAUCAACAAUCUUGCUUCUUGCCACAAGAUUUGUGCCAAUGGGCCCAAUACCUCAUCUGAAAAAGACACAAUAGAUGGCUGUAAAUUGAUUGCAAAUCAUUGUAACUCAGAUGUAGAGAAGCUCCAUAUUCUUGUAGAUUCAAAAGAGAUACUGUCACAGACUGCCCUAACUGCUUUGAUAAGAAAGAGGAAUGAGCUGGCCCUUCAGCAACGCAAGAUAGAGGAUGAUAUUGCUAAUUGCGAAAAAAAAAUUCAGAGAGUGUUAACUGUAGAUGGGGAAGAUGAGUUUGAAUUAAAGAUAGAAUCCAUUAUAGAGGGCUGUAAUGAUGUAUGGGUAAGGAAUCAGGAAAGGACUUGUGGACAACAAAGCUUCCCUCUUAAGAGAAAAAGAUUAUCAGAGGCUGUCUUUAUCGCGCUAAGUCCAUGCCAGGAACUUGAUGGUGUAUGUCGUGAGAACAACUGGCUCCUUCCAACUUAUCAUCUUUUUCAAUCAGUUGGUGGAUUCCAAGCUAAUGUAACUGUUAAAGGAGUGGAGUUUCAGUGUUCAUAUGCGGGUGACUUGUGUUCCGAUUCUCAAGAAGCAAGAGAGUCAGCUGCUGCUAAGAUGUUGACUAACUUGAGAAGUAUGGCAAAAUCAGCCAAGUGAUGUUGGAAGUAUGGAACAAUGUAACUGGAAUUUAUGAAUCAAUCUAUAAUAACGUGACUGGAACUUGUGAACUAAUCUAUAUUUUGAUGUAGUACAACUACAAGUGAGUAGUUUAGUGCUUGACGGCAUGCUAAACUCACAAAGGUGACUUAGAUUAGAUGGAAUUAACGAAAGUUCUUCAUGGUGGGACUUCUUGUUUACAUUAUUUUUCCUUGAAAAAUUAACAUUUAGCUAUCUAAUUUCAUCAUUUAGUUUUUGACUU